CCAAGAAGACAACUAAACAAACGUCACAAUUACUGUCACACUUGAUGUUCCAUAUUAUUCUGUGUUGUAUCUUAUCUACACACUGAGUCUGAAUGAUGAAGUCAUCAUCAUCACACUCCCACCAUAUUCAGACUAGCGCCAUCGUGUGGUGGAGGUGGUGUAGCACAGCCACGGUGUCUCAGGUAAUAACGGUGUAAUCUGUUGAUCUGCUAAAGUCUCCAGCCUUAAAUCCCCUUCAGUCAGACCUCGUGUUACCUCAGAGGAACAUGACGACUUGUCUCAUGAAACUCUGCAGACUGCUCUGCUGUGCAUUGACUCUCCCAUUAAACCUGAUGCAGCUCACGGGCCUGUGCGGUGUUUACAAACGCCUCUUUCCCUUCCUCGCCUACAACAUCACGUUUUCAUACAACGCUAAAACGCACAGGAUCAAGAGAGAGCUCUUCAGAAACGUGGGCAGCUUCGCGAACAGCGACGGGACCCUGCGCCUGCUGGAGAUCGGCUGCGGCAGCGGAGCGAACUUCAGGUUCUACCCCGGCGGCUGCACGGUGACCUGCACCGACCCCAACCCGCACUUCAGCGGCUACCUGCGCAGGAGCAUGGCCGACAACACGCACCUGACCUACGAGGAGUUCGUUGUGGUGUCAGGGGAGAACAUGGAGGAGGUGCGGGACGAGUCUGUGGAUGUUGUGGUGUGCACACUGGUCCUCUGCUCCGUCAGGGACGUGAAGGAGGUGCUUCAGGAGGUGCGGCGCAUCCUCAGACCUGGCGGAGCCUUCUUCUUUUUGGAACAUGUUGUCUCCGAUCCGUCUUCAUGGACAUACUUCUUUCAGCAUGUGCUUGAACCUGUGUGGUACUACCUCGGGGAUGGAUGCAUGAUCACCAGAGCCACAUGGAAAGAUCUAGAAGCUGCUGGUUUCUCUGAACUUCACUUAAAACAAAUUGAGGCUCCAGGGGUGACGUCAUUGAUAAGACCACAUAUCAUGGGAUUUUCCAUUAAGUGACUGCAGGGGAGAAUGGACGCAUCAUUUUGCCAUUGUUUAGGGGGUCUAUACUGUAGCAUUUUCACUCAAAGCUCAUUAAUUAGUCAGUUCUUACUGUUUGUAACUACCUCAUAUAAGAUGCUCAAACCUACAAAUUCCAGCUGUAGGUUUCACAUUAU